ACCCUCCCAAGUGCUGCGAUUAUUGUACUCUCUCUAGUCUCUUCCAUUAAAGCUACCUACAAUUUCACACUAUCUCCUCUCAGUUCUCACUGUACAACUCUCAAGCACCCAAAAUCACUACUUUUUCUUUGAUUAUUGGAAUUCAGUAGCUCUGAGAGAAGGGGGUGGUGAUUUUGAGAAGCAGAAAUGAGAGAUGAAGAAGGGCAAACAGUUCCUAGCAGCAGCAGCAGCAUAAAUGGAGCAGCAAAUAUGAGUGUGAAGAAAGAUGGGUGUGGAUUUGAGGGGGUGUUUGGGAGAGGGAAGUAUAAGUUAUGGGCUUUGGGUGCCAUAACCCUGCUGGCAGUCUGGUCGAUGUUCACUGGCACUGUCACUCUAAAAUGGUCUGAUGUUAACCUCAAACACGCCUCUAAUGACUUGGACCCCUCUCUCCAUUCUGAUCUUGAUGUUUUGGAUGUGGAUGAGAGGGAAAAGAUGGUGAAGCAAAUGUGGAAUGUGUACAAGCACAGCAGUGUUGCUAAAUUGCCAGGCUUUUGGAGGGAUGCGUUUGGGGCAGCUUACCAAGACUUGACUAGUGAGAUUGCCAAUGUCAGGAACUCUGCCUUUUGGGAGAUUGCAAAGAUGUCGUUCCGUGCAGCCGACAUCUAUGACUCACCCCCGGCUGAAUCAGCUGCUAGAGAAUCAAAGGAGGAUGUUCGACUAAGAAUCAAGCUGGGGAAGACAAGAAAGCAGAAAUGAGAGCAAUUGCAAAUGUUUGCAGCCUCAAUCAUGUAAUUUUUUGGAUUUCUCCAUCACAUUAUUAUAUGAAAUCAUGGAGCAUAUAUUUAUAAAUUAUUUCACCAUAUAUAUAUACUGGCUUGGGGCAUCCUUACUGCAAGGUGUUGAGAUGCCUCAGUGCUUGGUAUAAUAUAUUUACAGUUUUA